AUGUCAAACCAUGGUGGAGCCGAUAUGUAUCAAGAAGUUCGUCUUUGGAAAAAUCCACGUGAACGUGAAAGAUAUGAUAAUAUGGCUGAUGUUUUUUCGAUCAUAACAACAUUACAAGCACUUGAAAAAGCUUAUAUAAGAGAUGUUGUCGAAUCAGCCGAAUAUACAAAACAUUGUGAAAAAUUAUUAGCUAAAUUUUCAGCUGCAUUUCGUCAAAUCGAAGGUGAUUUCAAUCAAAUUGAAGAGUUUGCUCAUAAAUAUAAACUUGAUUGUCCAGCAGCUUUAUUACGUAUUCGUGAAGGUCGUCCUAUAACUAUUCGUGAUGAUCGUGGUAAUAUGGGCAAAGCUAUUGCUGAAACAGUUGCGCUUAUAAUUAAUCUUAUGGAUAAACUGAGAUUGAAUAUUCGAGCUAAUGAUAUGCUCCAAACUGAUGUUCGUGAAUUAUUGGAUGUUAUUAAUAGAAUGAAUUUAAUACCAUCGAAUUAUAUUGGUCGAGAAAAGAUUCCAUAUUGGUUAAAUAUAUUAACAAAUAUGAAUGCAGCUGAAGAAAUUACUGAAGAUCAAGCACGUCAAUUUCAAAUGGAUCUUGAUAUUUGUUUUACUGAGUUUAAUCGACUCCUGUCUGCGAAUUGA